UGUGCUAGACUGCCGGUCUUGUUUACCCGAUUAAAAUUGUAAAAUCAUUUAAAAGAAAUUCAUUCUUGAUUAUUAAUUUUAUCUAACAGAAUUACUCUUGCUUUUAGCUACCCAACUAAAUUUAUAAUUUACACAUUCUAAUAUCGAUUUGGCAGAUCGGAGAGGUGCAAAAGGUCAAACUUUGAAACAUGCGUCGCUACGUCCACCGUCUGCUGCGGCUUCGGAACCUCUUAAUUCUAGUCUUAAUCUUGAUUGUGCUGUACACAUUGAGGUCGUGGCCCGACACUAUAGAAAGAGAACCACCAGUCGUAGUGCCAGAGCUAAGUGCAUUGAGUGGCACUAAAAUUCCUGUAUUUGUGCCUAAGAGCAUGAAGAAAAUUGAUUGGCACAACUACAUUCAAAUAGUACAAGAUGAGAAACGCACGGGUAUCGGAGAGCAUGGCUUAGCAGCUUCUUUGCCGUCAUCAGAAGCGUCUCUAGAAGAGAGUCUGUAUGCUGUUAAUGGGUUUAAUGGAGCUCUUAGCGACAAAAUUCCACUCAACCGCUCCCUGAGGGACAUCAGGCAUAGUGGAUGUAAAUCUCGCCUGUAUAUAGAAUCACUGCCUACUGUGAGCGUGGUGGUGCCAUUCCACAAUGAACACUGGAGUACUCUACUACGGACGGCACAGAGCGUUGUCAACCGCUCGCCGCCACAGUUACUGAGAGAAGUCUUGUUGGUGGACGACGCUAGUACCAAAGACUUUCUAAAAAGCAAGCUAGACGAGUACUUAGCUGCGAACAUCCCUAAAGCCCGGGUCAUACGUUUGGAGAAGCGCAGCGGGCUCAUCACAGCGCGACUCGCGGGCGCGCGGCAAGCCACGUCAGAUGUGCUGGUAUUCUUGGAUUCGCACACGGAGGCUAAUGUCAACUGGCUGCCACCAUUGCUAGAGCCGAUAGCCCUAGACUACCGCACGGCAGUCUGCCCGUUCAUCGACGUGGUUGACUACGCGACGUUCGAGUACCGGCCGCAGGACGAGGGCGCGCGCGGCGCCUUCGACUGGGAGCUGUUCUACAAGCGCCUGCCCGUGCUGCCGCGCGACGAGGAGCGCAUGCCCGAGCCCUUCCCGUCGCCGGUGAUGGCGGGCGGGCUGUUCGCGAUCUCGCGCGCGUGGUUCUGGCAGCUCGGCGGGUACGACCCCGGCCUCGACAUCUGGGGCGGCGAGCAGUACGAGCUCAGCUUCAAGAUCUGGCAGUGCGGCGGGCGCAUGCUGGACGCGCCGUGUUCGCGCGUGGGCCACAUCUACCGCAAGUUCGCGCCCUUCCCUAACCCCAACCACGGCGACUUCGUGGGCAAGAAUUACCGGCGGGUAGCGGAAGUGUGGAUGGACGAAUACGCGGAGUACUUGUACCAGCGGCGGCCGCACUACCGCCUGAUCGACACGGGGGAUAUUUCUGAGCAGCAGGCUAUUCGGCAGAAACUCAAGUGCAAGUCCUUCCGCUGGUUCAUGACGCAGGUGGCGUUUGAUCUCAUUGCCAAGUAUCCCCCUGUGGAACCCAAAGCGUUCGCGCAUGGACGGAUCCGUCCAGCGGAAGCGCUGGACUUGUGCGCGGACGCGUACAACGGCAACAGCAAGGACUCGCUGCUACUGAAACCGUGCCAGAAGGGGCUCACUGAGCAAAACUGGGAGUUCACCUGGCAUAAGGACAUCAAAGUGAAAAACCGGCGGACAUGCUGGGACCUGCCGGACGCGUCGCUCAACAGCCCCGUGCGCCUCUACGACUGCCACCUCGGCGGCGGCAACCAGGAGUGGCGCUACGACCCGAAAACGCACCAAAUCCGCAAGUCAGAGAGAGUAUGCCUGGACAGUUCGGCAUCUGACCAGCUGUUGUUCGUAUCACAUUGCGACACAGACUCGCCGUCGCAGCGUUUCAAGAUCGACCACGUUGACCUCGACGCGCUCUCCAAAUGGGACUCUCUUCAUCUCGCCGUCACUGGGCCCGAGGUGCCGGACUGGUAUGUAGACUAACAGGUAUGAGAGGAACGAGAUAAUGUUAAUGUAUCUGGUAGUUAUACACGAUUAUACCUUGAUAUUUUUCUGGCACGAACGAAGUGACACUAGUGAAUUCCUUCCGAUAUUUAGUUCAUUGAUAACUUACAUUAUAAUAUGUCAUUAAUUAUUUCCGUGGCAAUAAAUCUUGAGUAGUUUCAUG